GAAUUAAAUGCAAAAGAACAUUUCAAAAAAAUAAAUCAAACAUAUGAAGACUUAAAAGAUUUGAAAAAUUUCAAGCAAUCAAACUCGCCUCAUAGUGAUUGGACAUCCAAACUAUUUAAAGAACGUGACAAUAAUAAUAACUCUGUUCCAUCCACAAAUGAAUUGUCAGUUGCAUUUGAUUAUAAAGACGCGAGGAAAAGAAUGAAAAAGGCUAUUUGUGAAUUUUACCGAGGCGCAGAAAUGCUAAAGAAUUAUCGACUAAAUGGAAGUGAAAUUUAUAUGCAAAAAAUUGAUAAAAGUAGUUUUAUAAAAAGUAAACCAUUAGAUGUAUUAAUGAGAGACACUGAG